CACGUGUGAAUCCGCCAUUACACUUCACACAUGGAAAUGUCACCUUCUUGAGAUUGUAAUUUCAUAUCAUUUCGUAUUAUUAACAACAAGAAGAGGAGAUUGAAUUUCUAACAAAAAGCUAAUUACAAUUUACGCGUGAACGACCAAAAUAUGUCGCGAUACACAGUCACCGGAAUUUCUGCCCUUGGCAGAAUUAUACAGCAAAAUCCAGGCCUUCUCGUGCCAGGAGUGACCUCGAGUUGGCUUCAACAUUCGCGAGCGAAACACUGGAAUCCACAGUUUAAGAAAUUCCGUAGAGAAAAAGUGAUUAAAGUGGAGCUACCAGAUUAUAACUUAGAUGUGGAAUCCUUAUCAAAGGAGGAAAUGCGCUCACACAUGAAAAAGAUGGGUUUACAACCUAUGGCACCAUCGACGGAAAGAACAUUAUACUUUGCUUCCACUCAAUCUAUUUUCGAGCCGUACAUACCACCAGAAGGGGAUGGAAAGUUCUCAGCUAUCAGUACAACGGGUGCAAAACAAAAAUUAGAAUUUGUUGAGAAGAAAGGAAAAUCCAUGCUGGCACUUAGAAAGAUCAGAAGCUUUGAAGAAGAUUUUGACGUCAACAUCUUUGUCGAGGAAGCACGUGAUAUUUAUAUAAAAGCCCAUGAAGCAUUAGCAAGUAAGGAUAGACACCAGUUGCGACAGUACGUAACAGAAAGAGCAUAUCCUGAUAUGAGAAGUAAUACUUUAUACAAAACGAUUCACUGGAAAUUCCUUGAAUCUUUAGAACCAGCACGUGCAGUACAUGUAAGAUGCACAGACAUGAUUACAAAGGAAAAUAUUUUUGCUCAAAUCACUGUCCGUUUCCAUACUCAACAGUUAUUAGCUAUUUAUGAUCGAUUUGGACGCCUAAUGCACGGUAGUGAGAUAUUGAAGAAAGAUGUUCUUGAAUACGUUGUGUUUGAAAAACAUGUAGCCGAUGAGUACGGCACCUGGCGUAUUCAUGGAAAAAUUAUUCCACCCUGGAUGUCACUUCCUGAACCAGCCCAAAAAACAUAUAUAAAAAAACCAGAAGUCAUUGAAAAAACAGUACCUGUGGAUUAACUUUAACCUUUAACCUUAAACUAACGUUAAAUAAAUUAGUAUAACUGCAUCGAA